UUUUUCAUUUCACCGUUCAGCGUAGAAGAAGAAGAAUGUCCUGUAACUGACUGUCCUACCGGUGGUUUUUCUGUUUUUAUUUCCUCGAGUUUUCGUCUUUGUGUGUGCUCCGCAGUUACAAAUACAUCGUUCAAACAGCUUCCUCGGAUCACUGUUGGGAAUCCUAAUAAACAAAAGUCAUGUUUCGAAGAAGACUGUCUUUCGGACAGUUAGCCUUUGCCACAGUGCUCGGAGUUGCUGGUGGAAUUUACAUCUACAGUCCUUAUUUCGAGUCAGCACCAAAGACAUCAGGACAGCAGAUCCAGGAAGAGCCAAAGAAGCAGAAUGAAAGGGACUGAAAGAGUUCAUCACUAUUAGGAACACUUCACACAUGGAAGCCAGAUUGAACAGCAAGAGGCUGCUGGGCUGUCACAGCUGGACUGGAGGCCAAACAAUAGAUGAGAUGAUCGUGGAUGAAAUCACGUUGAUCUCUGCUGUUUGUGAUCAUAAAUGUACAGAAUAAAACAUGUAAUA